AUGAUUAUACUCCAUCAAGCACAAACCACUCAGACCCUGUUCACAAGCCUAGGACUCAUUUCCAAGGAUCUGCCUUCUAUGACAGGUCUGGGCAGAAGCAGUGACAGUGCCAAUGUUCAUGGUUCAGAUUCAGGACUACAUGAUGAAGACACAGGCCAGAAGGCUAGACCUGAUCUGGGUCUUUGGUUUUUUUUCUUUUUUUUCUUUUUUUUGGGUUACUUUACAUCAUGGAGAGCCCAACAUCCACUGUCGCCCAUGUGUAACAGUACAUACAGUGCAAAAAUUAGUGGAUCAAACUCUAGUCUGAAAUCGGAAUGGAUUGAAGGUCUGGCCACUUACAGAUUCCCAUUGCCCCAGGUUUUGCUGGACAAUGGCAGUCCGGUGAUAAUUUAUAUUAUCACUCUUUUCUCACCUCCUUCUACUAAAUCAACUUGUCACAUUGCAAACAAAAACCUACUAUCUACAAGCACAAAGUAUCACUCAGAAUUCACAAUGACUCGCUCACAUAAACUGAAUAACCGUGACCAUGUUGCCAUUUCAGAUGGUACUUCGACACCUCAUGAACAUAUCCCUCGGUAUUUUGCAAAGUCCGGACCAGUCGAUGCAGACCCUAGAAAAACAAAAAAGGAUGGUGGCGGCAAGGGAAAUUGGGGUCGUUCAGGUGAUGAGGUGCAAGAUUAUGAAUAUAAUUUUACCAAUGUUCGGCGUCACUCAAACAGUAGUGGUCAAGGACUGGCCGAUUUCAAGACUAAGUUUGAGACCAUAGAACCAGAACCUGUUUUUGAAGAGGAGCUUCAUGGCUCAUCUAGUGAGGAACAUGUUACAGGUUCCCAGUGA